ACGACAGCAGAGCAGACUGAUAUAGUUACCGCGCCCUAUGUAAACAAGUUUGCUGACUUUCAGUGCAUGCCCUAAGGCUAAGAACGGCACCCCGAAGCACCUUGUGAAAUAAUAUUAGAGGUACUACUUCAAUGUAUAUUAAUAUUUAAUAUGUAAGCAGAAUACAACGAGCUCAGGAGACAUAACUGAUUACAGAUCGAAAGAGUACUUUUACCACUUCCAGUUCAUGUAAAGUGGCCAUUGGCUGACGUGAUCCUAGUACUAGCACUGCAGUAACCACCAUGCCCUCCCUAAAAGGUCUUCCAAAACCAACCUGUGGCCAUCGUAUCUUAAGGAUUAUUCUAUUUAUAUAUGAUGUGGGCUUCUGGUUAAUUGGUGGAGUUAUUUUGGGUAUUGGAAUCUAUGCAGAGGUUGAAAAGAAAGAUUAUAUAGCAGUCGUUGAUGUUAUGGUAACCCCCACCAUCUUCAUGAUUUUCGUCGGAUCAUUCAUGUUUGUACUUGGCUUCAUCGGCUGUUUAGGAACAUUACGGGAAAACAUCACAUUGUUGCGCAUUUUUGGUAUCACACUGGCUGUUGUGUUCACUUUACAGUUGAUUGGUGCUAUUUUAGCAUUAGCUUUCAAGGGUCAGACUGAGAAUCUUGUAAAGAAUGGCCUUCAACAUUCCAUCAGAAAUUACUACAAUGAUCCAGAUAUACAAUUUGCAGUUGAUGCCAUGCAGCAAAAUUUUGAGUGCUGUGGAGGUCAUGACUAUGAUGACUGGGAGAAUAACAUUUAUUUUAUGUGCAACACGGGUGUAGCCAGUUCCUGUGGCGUGCCAUACACCUGUUGUGUCUCCACUAAGGAUGAGAUGAUUCCAAACACACAGUGUGGAGAUGAAGUUCGUAAAGGUAUUACUAAUCGUCUGCAAUUACAAGGCAAGAUAUACAUCAGAGGUUGUGUAGAUGCUUUCUCCGCGUGGGCGGAGGACAACCUCGCACUUAUUGCUGGAAUUAUUCUAGGCUUUGCUCUACCACAGAUUGCCGGAAUCUGGAUGACCUUUGGGUUCAUCCAACAAAUAAAAGAGGAGAAUGAGAAUGCGUAUGUUGCGGCAGACGACGCAGAUUCAACAGACAAAUAAAAUUCAGAAUCACUCAUUUCUUUCUCAUGUGCAUUUUUGGCUUAUUCCUUAACAUGUUAAUGGUGACAUCGAUACAAGAAGAGUUAUUACUGUACAACUACCAGAAGGUGAUGGAAGUAACUGGUGACGAUAUAACAACGUCAAAAUUAACAUGACACAUUUAAUUAUCUUGAUAUUGUAAUUGUGUUAUUAUUUUUUACAAAACCUGUUAACUUUAGAUAUUUUUUAGAGAAGAAUUUAUAUUAUGUUGGAUUAUUAUAGAUGACUUUGAUUAUUUUUAGCCUGAAAACAGGGUUAUUUUUAUAAAAAUGAUUUUAUUCCACAAGUUUUUGAAAUUUUCACGUAAUUGGGAGUAAAAAGAGUGGAUUGAUAUGAUUAAAAUAAUUUUUAUAAUCAUGAAAUACAAUUUCCAUGAUAGUAGACAUAUUUUAUUUUUUUUGAAACUUUUUUUAAAUGUAUUUGUAAUAUCAUCAUAGAUUUGUUAAUUAUUAUGCAACACAUAUGCACAUUUUGAGAUCUAGAGUUAAUUUACAACACUUCAGUAAGUUGCAUUUACCCACCCUUGUAGCAAUGUCCUUCUGACACCUUCUCUCCCGGUGGACUUGUCCCUGUAUCCCCCUGCUUGUUGCCCAUCCCUGUGGACUCAUACCUGUGCCCAUCUACCUGUGCGAAAUUCCUGUAUCGACCUGAAAAUAUUGCAAUUUUAUUAAGGUGUUAAACAACAUAUGCAAAUUAUUAUUCAUAGAAUGAAAAAUUAUAUCCUAGAAAAAUAUAAAUAUACAGUUGUAUUUAAAAGAGAAACUUUAAUUAUAGAUACCUAUUUUUUUUCCCAAUUAAUAUUAUUUUGUUUAGAUUGCUUAUUACCGUAAGUGGGGGAUAUUGUUUCUGUUCUUAACUUCCUGUAUUAAAAUAUUGUUUUGUAAAUUAAUCAAAAAAAUAUACCAGUUUAAAUAUAGUGUUAGCCAGAAUAAGCCAGUAGUGGUUAUGCUGGGCUUUUAUCAGAGAGGUAUAAAAAAUAAAUAAUCUUAAUCUUUAUAUCUCCUUGAUAUUAUUACAUUUUUUUGUUUUUCUUGUUAUUGAAUAUGGAAUCAGUAAUAUACAAUGUGCAAACUCCAAUUCCUAAUUAUGCAGCUAAUUUUUGCAAUACUCACUUUCAUUCCAAAGUACUGAUUAUGCCAGGUAAACAUUUAUACCCCUGGGUAGAAAAAGACAAACAUAUUUCCUUGCCCAUGAACAGUGUACAAGAUUUGAACCCCAACUCUUGACCAUUAGGUGGGUGCCUUACCAUCUUGUCACAUAUUUCUGCAGUACAGUACAUUGUUAUUGUUACAUAUUGGAUUGGAUAGAUGCAUGAUCCAUUUAACAAUGGUUUGAAAGGUCUCUAGUAUUGAAUUCAUAGAUCAGUUUUCAUAUACAGUAAUUUAAAAAUACUGCACUAUUUUAACAUAAUCAAUCAUAAUUAUGGAAAGAGAAAUUUUACUUAAAUUACAUAUUUUGACAAAAAUUGUAUAUAGAACCACAUUUUUGUGAUGUUGAAGUGUAAACUUAUUUUUCUUUUGAAACUAACAUUUUGAAGUGAUUUGCCAUAAUUUGAUAUAUAAUAUACAGUAUAUUUAUUUAAUUAAAAAAAUAAUUACAGUAUAAAUUAUAUUUAAGGAUUAGAAACAAAAAAGUUGAUAUUUUUAUAGCCUCUUAUUUGGAUGAGAUACCAGGCUUGUUGGUACUGUAAUCAAAAAGAAAGAUGAAAACGAAGAGUUAAUAGAACAAAUGACAAUUAUAUUUGUAUUUAAAAACUAUAUAGUAUUUUUCACUCUUAAUUCUUAUCUCAAACAAAAUCUUUGAUAAAUGUAAUAUAUAUUUCUUAUAUAAUAUCCAUGGGUAGUAUAGUAGACAUUAAUGCAACGUAUAUCAACAGCUUCCAAACGCACCUUCGUAUUUAGCGGAGUUUUGAAACUGUUCACGUCAUAGUAUUUCUCUACAUAGUUUUCUAACAUAAUGAUGGAAACAACAGCUUCCAUUAUUACAAUUUUGAUGUAUGAACUAAUAAAUUGUUAGGACUUGUUUUAUUUUCUCCAUUUUAUCUGUGUUUGACUGAAGAGUCCACCCUGUAUAAAAAACAGAUAAAUAAAAUAAAUAAAUAAUAUUGUGGUUUUAUAUAGCAAAUUCUGCCCACCAAGGCUUCUACACGUUAUUAAUAAUCCUCUUCACGUAUUGUUUUGUUAAUUAGUUUGAAUGCAUAUUGUUUUUGUAUAUUAGCAUAAUGUAUGGUGUGCUUAUACUAAUAUCUGUUUAAUUUUCAGCACUGUAAAAGCCGGACGCUCACUGCGUCGUGCGACGGUCAUACGACCGUCGCACGACGAAUCCACAUUUGCUUCCGGCGAGCGAUAGACAAUGCAACGCCGUCUGCUGAUUGCCAGUGGCAAUCUGAACGGAUCCUCAUUAAAAAGACGAUCCGUUGGGUCCGCGUCUUUGCGUGCGUUCUUCAUUGCGUUGCCGUCGCACGCAGUGAGUAACCGGCUUUAGAGAGAAUAAACUUUUGAUAAGGUCCCACAAAUAGUGUUUAAUGUGUGCAUAAACACACGUGAGUUUGUGGGGCAAUAUAAUUUUUUUUUAUUAGAUACGCGCGUAUUCCUCCUGGCACUGUUGUGAUCGGCACUUUGGAAAGGUCUAUUCCAACAAACUAUAAGCAUUGAAAUCUAAAUUUGAAUGAGUGCAAUGUAUGUGAAUUUUGAAAAUAUAUUUCCAAAUUCAAACUGAUAGAUUAUGACGAUCUCAUUAAUUAUGUGUUAUUUGCUUAGAUAGUUGUUUAUGUAUAUAUCAUUCCAAGUUUGUACAAAUACCAGGCAAUACAAGUUUGUUUUUUUUAAUCAUGGCUAACAGAGGGCACUAGAGGAACACUGUGAACAAAAAGGUGUUAUAGUAGAAGCUAACGUUAUCAUUGUUAGAAUAUAUAAUUUAUAACAAUUCUAAUUUGAUUGUAUUUAUAAUUUAUUAUAUUAAGUAGUAAUUGAUUACUAAUUUAUACAUAAAUAUAAUUUAAAAUUUUGUGUUUAUAGCAACUUUUCUGUGGAUAUUAUGGCUGUUAAUUUGUUAGAAAGCGUGGCACCAUCGAAAUUCGUAAAUAUAUGUAAUUUUUACCAAACAAUCAAGUUGGUGUUUAUUUUAAAUUGUGUUUGAGUCAAGUUCUGCUGAAAAAUUAUGUAGGUCAGUAUGGUAUCUUCCUAUGGGUGCUUUAUAAGGGGCAGAUUUAGAGGGAGGCUGGGUCGGCUCCUGUUCCGCUUUUGGAAAGUAAAAAAAAGGGGGGGGGGGUGCGAACGAAAGAAAAAAAAAUCAAAUUAUUGAUCGCCCAAAACGCCUCAGAAGUUAUUUAUUUUCGGUCGCCUAGAAAACAGGGUAGUGUUAUUUUUUUGUCUAUAGUAUUUGGUAUGUGUAAGAAUAUGCUAAUUGCUCAUUUGCCUAAUUAAUAUUUCACUGAUCAGGAAA